AAAAUUUUUUUUUCCUUUCCCUUCAUCACCUAUCAACUCCCUAAAUUUCUCACCAAGGAAAAAAAAGUUUCGACUUAUUCUUUGGCUAUAUCACUUUGAUUUGAUCUUCCCUAUUUCAUAUACUUCUACUGACGUGGGAGCGCAAGCUGUAUCUUACCAGAUACACUUCAACAGAGACCUUGUUUGUGGGCUUUUCACACUGAGGGCUGUGGGCUGUAGCAUCUAUUUGUGGGAUCUUACCAUCUUCUUGUGGGUUUCAUAUCAUAGACAGUUGCAUAUCUCCUGUCCGUUUCUGUGGGCUUGAACAUUGUCCGUUGUGGGUUACUUGUGGGCGUCCGCGUAAAUCUCUUCUGAGAUCUACUUCCAGUCGUGCUUAGUCACUUCUGGACAUUGAACACUGUGGGAUUUUCAAAUCGGGUGAUUGAGUACUAGAGGGCUUGCCGCACUUUUCUUUUUUUCUCUUUUCGGAAAAUAAUUAGUCAAAAUGUCUAAGACCAAGUCUGUUGUCAAGAAGGGCGCUGAGAGUGCUGGAAAGCUUGCCGACAAGGCCUUGAGCAAGGUCAAGGAUGCCGGUGUCACCAAGGCUACCCAGUCUCCCAAGGCCAAGAGCAAGCAGAUUGCUCGAGAGAUCGCUUCCAAGGAGAAGAAGCCUAAGAGCAAGAAGAAGGAGCCUACUCCCAGCAGCAGCUCUGAGUCUGAAUCCGAGUCGGAAUCUGAGUCUGAUUCCAGCUCUAGCGAGAGCGAGAGCGAGGAUGAAAAGCCGGUCAAGAAGGAGGUGAAGAAGGAAGCUAAGAAGGCUGAAUCAUCUUCCGAGUCCGAGUCCGACUCGAGCGACAGCGAUGAGGAGAUGAAGGAUGCCUCCAGCAGCGAGAGUGAUAGCGAGAGCGAGAGUGAGGAGGAGAAGAAACCCGCUAAAUCGGCCAAGGCUGAACCCAAGGUGGUUAAAAAGGCCGAGUCUAGCGAGUCAGAGUCUUCUGACUCCUCCGAUUCUGAUUCCGACGAUGAAUCGUCUGAGGAAGAGGAGGUUCCCAAGGCCAAGGCUAAGGCUGCUGAGUCCAGCGACAGCGAGGACUCUGACUCUGAAAGCGAAGAGGAAGCCCCGGCCAAGGCUAAGGGCGACGCCAAGACCUCCAAGGAAGAGUCUGAUUCUGACUCUGACAGCUCGGAGAGUUCUUCCGAUUCUGAUGAGGAGUCUGGUAGCUCCGGGUCCGAGUCUGAGGACAGCGACAAGCCAGCGGAUUCUAAGAAGCGCAAGGCUGAGGAAGAGCCCGCUGCUGCUUCCAAGAAAUCCAAGACUGAGGAGGGUGCCUCCGCUAACCUCUUUGUCGGCAACCUUUCCUGGAACGUCACCGAGGAGUGGCUUCACCAAGAGUUCGAGCAGUUCGGUGAGCUGUCCGCGCGUAUUAUGACCGAACGCGACACUGGCCGCUCCCGUGGAUUCGGUUAUGUUGAAUUCACCAACGCUGCCGAUGCUGCCAAGGCUUACGAGGCCAUGAAGGAACACGAGAUUGACGGCCGCAAGAUCAACCUCGACUACGCCACCGGACGCCCCGCCAACAAGGACCAGGGCGGCUUCAAGGAACGCGCUCAAAACCGUGCCCGCUCUUUUGGCGACCAGACCAGCCCGGAGAGCGACACCCUCUUUGUUGGCAACCUGCCUUUUAGUGCCAACGAGGACUCAGUUCACGAGGUGUUCGGUCCCCAGGGAAAUGUCCUUGGUAUUCGUCUGCCGACUGACAUGGAAUCUGGUCGACCCAAGGGUUUCGGUUACGUCCAGUACUCCUCCGUUGACGAGGCUCGCAAGGCUUACAAUGAGCUUCAAGGAGCCGAGAUCGACGGCCGUCCGAUCCGUUUGGACUUCAGCACCCCUCGUGCUAACAACGGUGGUGGGGGCGGUGGCCGUGGUGGUUUUGGUGGCCGCGGUGGUCGUGGAGGCCCUCGUGGUGGAGGCCGUGGUGGCCGUGGUGGCUUCGGUGGACGCGGCGGUGGUGCCGGGGGUGCCCCUAACCGCGCCAGGGGUGGCAUUCCUGAGUUCAAGGGUACUAAGAUGACCUUUUAGAUAUGUGUUGCGUCUGUAUUCUUCGCUGGGUUUUGAUUUCAACGGUCUCACGGUAAUGCUGUAUUUUAUUAGGUAAUCCGGCAAAAGUUCUGCUUUAACUAGGUUAACGGUGUCAUGAGAUAGACCUCAAUGAAUUUCAUCAAGGGUGCCGCAAUGUCUC